UUCAUGUUGUCGGGUUUGUUUUUUUUUUUUUUUGUCGGGUUUUGAAAGGAGAAAGUUUCCGACUCGGCUAAAGCUGGGCUCUGCUUUAUGCACUCAAACUGUUCGAGAAACUAUCCCAGAGAAACAAGCCCCUAAAAGAUGAUACCAAAACCGCUACGCACACUGGUCUCUGGAACUGCGAUUUUUUUGGGCGGUCUAGUCGCUCUCAAUAUCACUUCCUCUAUCGCUAUCGGCGCUUUUCGCCACGCCAGUGAGCUCAAACUAAGAAAAAACGCAUCGCCUUGUGGGGUUUGCAGAGGAAAAGGGUUUUAUAUAUGCAAGUUGUGCAAAGGCAAUGCUACUAUAAAGUGGUCACCUUUAUAUGAUCCCAUUGCUUUCAACCCUUGCCUUUGUCCUACCUGUGAUGGUCACAGGGUUCAGCGCUGUCUAAAUUGCCUUGGGAAGGGAUACAGUUGACUUUUGGAAAUACCAGUAGAGAAAAGAACAUGUGAAGAGUCCUGCUUAUCUAGUGUGCAAGGUUAUGUCUCCCGGAAAAGCACAUGACUGUACAAAGGCAGCAUUCAGGAGGAUGACUAUGAGUUUGAAGUACUUCCAUUCAAGACCACUGAUAUUAUGGUCCAGCACACUGCAGUCAAUUUGAUAUCUUAGAUCAUAUUAAAUGUGGUAUAUGUUGUCAAACCAACUUCUAAGGUCAUUUUAAAUGUAGUAAAUGUCAUCAAACGGAGUUCUAGUCAUGGAAAACGAUUUUGAAGGAUUGGCAAAGUGGUUCUGCUUCUCCUGUCUCUCCUGCUACCAUGCAGAUGAGUAUUGUUUUUUUUUCCCUUUAUUUUUCUUCCUGGAUUGCAAUGGAAUGAGUGUGCUACUCUGACCUGCUAUGCGUAUCUUCUUUACAUCAUUUAUAAAUCAUGCUUGGACAAUAACAUGUCCAAGCAAUCGCCUCA